AUGGAGGUAGCAACAGGGACCAACGAACAACGUCCUCUGUGGAUUGGGGGGCCGGCUCCAGGCAUAAGCGACUUAGAGCCCCAGGCCCCAUCUGCACUCACCACCAUCCUGUCCCUUCAGGCAGUGAUACCACAGUCUGCACCCACCACCACCCUGUCCCUUCAGGCAGUGAUACCACAGUCUGAUCCCACCACCACCCUGUCCCUUCAGGCAGUGAUACCACAGUCUGAUCCCACCACCACCCUGUCCCUUCAGGCAGUGAUACCACAUUCUGCACCCACCACCACCCUGUCCCUUCAGGCAGUGAUACCACAGUCUGAUCCCACCACCACCCUGUCCCUUCAGGCAGUGAUACCACAGUCUGAUCCCACCACCACCCUGUCCCUUCAGGCAGUGAUACCACAUUCUGCACCCACCACCACCCUGUCCCUUCAGGCAGUGAUACCACAGUCUGCACCCACCACCGCCCUGUCCCUUCAGGCAGUGAUACCACAGUCUGCACCCACCACCGCCCUGUCCCUUCAGGCAGUGAUACCACAGUCUGCACCCACCACCACCCUGUCCCUUCAGGCAGUGAUACCACAGUCUGAUCCCACCACCACCCUGUCCCUUCAGGCAGUGAUACCACAGUCUGAUCCCACCACCACCCUGUCCCUUCAGGCAGUGAUACCACAUUCUGCACCCACCACCACCCUGUCCCUUCAGGCAGUGAUACCACAGUCUGAUCCCACCACCACCCUGUCCCUUCAGGCAGUGAUACCACAGUCUGAUCCCACCACCACCCUGUCCCUUCAGGCAGUGAUACCACAGUCUGCACCCACCACCGCCCUGUCCCUUCAGGCAGUGAUACCACAGUCUGCACCCACCACCACCCUGUCCCUUCAGGCAGUGAUACCACAGUCUGAUCCCACCACCACCCUGUCCCUUCAGGCAGUGAUACCACAGUCUGAUCCCACCACCACCCUGUCCCUUCAGGCAGUGAUACCACAUUCUGCACCCACCACCACCCUGUCCCUUCAGGCAGUGAUACCACAGUCUGAUCCCACCACCACCCUGUCCCUUCAGGCAGUGAUACCACAGUCUGCACCCACCACCACCCUGUCCCUUCAGGCAGUGAUACCACAGUCUGCGCCCACCACCACCCUGUCCCUUCAGGCAGUGAUACCACAUUCUGCACCCACCACCACCCUGUCCCUUCAGGCAGUGAUACCACAGUCUGAUCCCACCACCACCCUGUCCCUUCAGGCAGUGAUACCACAUUCUGCACCCACCACCACCCUGUCCCUUCAGGCAGUGAUACCACAGUCUGAUCCCACCACCACCCUGUCCCUUCAGGCAGUGAUACCACAGUCUGCACCCACCACCACCCUGUCCCUUCAGGCAGUGAUACCACAUUCUGCACCCACCACCACCCUGUCCCUUCAGGCAGUGAUACCACAGUCUGAUCCCACCACCACCCUGUCCCUUCAGGCAGUGAUACCACAGUCUGCACCCACCACCACCCUGUCCCUUCAGGCAGUGAUACCACAGUCUGAUCCCACCACCACCCUGUCCCUUCAGGCAGUGAUACCACAGUCUGCACCCACCACCACCCUGUCCCUUCAGGCAGUGAUACCACAGUCUGCACCCACCACCACCCUGUCCCUUCAGGCAGUGAUACCACAGUCUGAUCCCACCACCACCCUGUCCCUUCAGGCAGUGAUACCACAUUCUGCACCCACCACCACCCUGUCCCUUCAGGCAGUGAUACCACAGUCUGCACCCACCACCACCCUGUCCCUUCAGGCAGUGAUACCACAGUCUGAUCCCACCACCACCCUGUCCCUUCAGGCAGUGAUACCACAGUCUGCACCCACCACCACCCUGUCCCUUCAGGCAGUGAUACCACAGUCUACACCCACCACCACCCUGUCCCUUCAGGCAGUGAUACCACAGUCUGCACCCACCACCACCCUGUCCCUUCAGGCAGUGAUACCACAGUCUGAUCCCACCACCACCCUGUCCCUUCAGGCAGUGAUACCACAGUCUGAUCCCACCACCACCCUGUCCCUUCAGGCAGUGAUACCACAGUCUGAUCCCACCACCACCCUGUCCCUUCAGGCAGUGAUACCACAGUCUGCACCCACCACCGCCCUGUCCCUUCAGGCAGUGAUACCACAGUCUGAUCCCACCACCACCCUGUCCCUUCAGGCAGUGAUACCACAGUCUGAUCCCACCACCACCCUGUCCCUUCAGGCAGUGAUACCACAGUCUGAUCCCACCACCACCCUGUCCCUUCAGGCAGUGAUACCACAGUCUGAUCCCACCACCACCCUGUCCCUUCAGGCAGUGAUACCACAGUCUGAUCCCACCACCACCCUGUCCCUUCAGGCAGUGAUACCACAGUCUGCACCCACCACCACCCUGUCCCUUCAGGCAGUGAUACCACAGUCUGAUCCCACCACCACCCUGUCCCUUCAGGCAGUGAUACCACAUUCUGCACCCACCACCACCCUGUCCCUUCAGGCAGUGAUACCACAGUCUGAUCCCACCACCACCCUGUCCCUUCAGGCAGUGAUACCACAUUCUGCACCCACCACCACCCUGUCCCUUCAGGCAGUGAUACCACAUUCUGAUCCCACCACCACCCUGUCCCUUCAGGCAGUGAUACCACAGUCUGAUCCCACCACCACCCUGUCCCUUCAGGCAGUGAUACCACAGUCUGAUCCCACCACCACCCUGUCCCUUCAGGCAGUGAUACCACAGUCUGAUCCCACCACCAUCCUGUCCCUUCAGGCAGUGAUACCACAGUCUGAUCCCACCACCACCCUGUCCCUUCAGGCAGUGAUACCACAUUCUGCACCCACCACCACCCUGUCCCUUCAGGCAGUGAUACCACAGUCUGAUCCCACCACCACCCUGUCCCUUCAGGCAGUGAUACCACAGUCUGCACCCACCACCACCCUGUCCCUUCAGGCAGUGAUACCACAUUCUGAUCCCACCACCACCCUGUCCCUUCAGGCAGUGAUACCACAGUCUGCACCCACCACCACCCUGUCCCUUCAGGCAGUGAUACCACAUUCUGCACCCACCACCGCCCUGUCCCUUCAGGCAGUGAUACCACAGUCUGCACCCACCACCACCCUGUCCCUUCAGGCAGUGAUACCACAGUCUGCACCCACCACCACCCUGUCCCUUCAGGCAGUGAUACCACAGUCUGAUCCCACCACCACCCUGUCCCUUCAGGCAGUGAUACCACAGUCUGAUCCCACCACCACCCUGUCCCUUCAGGCAGUGAUACCACAGUCUGCACCCACCACCACCCUGUCCCUUCAGGCAGUGAUACCACAGUCUGCACCCACCACCGCCCUGUCCCUUCAGGCAGUGAUACCACAGUCUGCACCCACCACCACCCUGUCCCUUCAGGCAGUGAUACCACAGUCUGCACCCACCACCACCCUGUCCCUUCAGGCAGUGAUACCACAGUCUGAUCCCACCACCACCCUGUCCCUUCAGGCAGUGAUACCACAUUCUGCACCCACCACCACCCUGUCCCUUCAGGCAGUGAUACCACAGUCUGCACCCACCACCACCCUGUCCCUUCAGGCAGUGAUACCACAUUCUGCACCCACCACCACCCUGUCCCUUCAGGCAGUGAUACCACAGUCUGAUCCCACCACCACCCUGUCCCUUCAGGCAGUGAUACCACAGUCUGAUCCCACCACCACCCUGUCCCUUCAGGCAGUGAUACCACAGUCUGCACCCACCACCACCCUGUCCCUUCAGGCAGUGAUACCACAGUCUGAUCCCACCACCACCCUGUCCCUUCAGGCAGUGAUACCACAUUCUGCACCCACCACCACCCUGUCCCUUCAGGCAGUGAUACCACAGUCUGCACCCACCACCACCCUGUCCCUUCAGGCAGUGAUACCACAUUCUGCACUUUUAAGGACUUAA